AUGCUCAAAGUUUCAACUUUGGAAAAGAAGGUAAGAACACAUCAUGAUUGAUAGUCUGUACCAGUACGUCACAUUGAUUUUUGUACACUUGUUUGAUGGGUAUAAAAUAAAUUACUUUUGUAAAAAUUUUAGCAUGAAGAAGAUGCUAAUUAGUACAUUUGGUACAAAUAUAAUCGGUAUUAAUUGCUUCCAUGGUGAAAAUAUUAAUAUAGCCAUGAAUUUAUGUUCCAUUCAUAUGUAUUCAUUAACAGCAUGAAGAAGAUAUUAAAGAACUUAAAUUGAAGGUAAUUAUUACAUGGUACGAUACAGUGGCGCCGCCAGCUCGAUAAUUGGGGGGGGGGGCGAAUAUUCAUAUCUUCGUGUUGUGCAUUAUUAACUUCUUUUGAAAUCGAUUGUUUUUAUGGUCUGUGAACACAAAUAUAUGAAUAUUCGCCCCCCCCCCAAUUAUCGAGCUGGCGGCGCCACUGGUACGAUAUCACGCACAUAAAUACAGUAGUAAUUAUGAUAUCUGCCUACAGACCAAGAUUGUUACAGAAAUAUCCUUACUUAGCUAAAAUAUAUUCGCUGGUCACUUCUCCCUUUUUAUAUGAUUAGUAAAUUGCUCCAAAACCAAAGGUGAUUCAUGAUUCAUAACUGCAACUAAUUAUAUUGGAAAUGUAAUCAAGUUUUCAAACAAUUCAUCAAAUGACUUACUAAAUAAAUAUUUACUAAUAUUGCAGCAUGAAAAUGAGAUGAAGCAAGUCAAGACAAAGGUAAAAAAAGGUUUUUGACAAGUGUGAAAUAUAGUAAUGUAAAUUUGUAUUUAGCAUUACUGUGUCUUACUUUUUUGCAAGUUCUAAAGUGCUUUUAUGGUUUAUAAUACCAUUGUAAAGCACACCAAAUGCUAUAAUUUAAUUGGUUUAGCAUGAUGAAGAUAUAAGAGUUCUCAGACAAGAAAUCUUAAUGUCACGAACCACGGGAGCUGCGCAUGCUCCACAUGUGGAGCAGCAACUCUCACCUUGCCAGGAAUCUGAACCGGAUUACACUUGGAAGAUAGCGAACUUUACCAGAAAGCUUGCUCAAGCAAAAUCUGACAAUGAUGAUGGUAGGAUUGAAAGUGAACCGUUUUUCACAAGUCAUGGUUACAAAAUGAAGCUGUUGGUCUAUUUAAAUCUAGCGCUAUAUGGGUUCGCAGGCUACAUGGGUGUUUACGUAAUUUUAAUGAAAAGUGUUCGAGAUGGAACCCUACCCUGGCCUUUCACAAAGAGGUGCACGUUCGUUCUUGGUGAUCAGCAAGAUGAUCUUAGUCAAAGACAAAACGUUGAGUUGGUAUUAACUCCAAGUGGACAGGAAGCGUUUAAGAGACCAAGACUGCAUGAGAAUAGAAGUAGGGAAACACUAAUAUUUGUUAAACAUUCAACUUUGCGUACUCGUCAGUACAUUAGAAACCACACUGUGUACAUCAAGAUCCAGGUAGAUCCAUGACAAAUAACCACAAUUAUAUUUGGUGUGAACGCUCACCUGGAUAUAACUACAUAGAUAAUGGAGACAUUUGCGAUAGUUUGAAUUUUGAAAGCUCUGGCAUUCUCCUGAAGAUUGACACUUUUCUGAUUGUUAAAAUGCAAUCAAAACGUAGAGAGUUAAUUUAAAAGUAAUAUCAAAUGUUGUGUUUUCUUAGCAAUCUAUUAAAGGUAGUUGUAAUUUUUAAUCUAGUUCCGUAGCAUGUUGAAAGUUCGAGUUUUUAUUUUGGGGGCUAAUUUUCAGCCAAGUUGGGUACCGUAAUUUUUAGUUACGUGCAAGCACGACAGGCUAAUAAAACAUGAUCGAAUUGUCACAGCAGUAGCGUAACUUCAUAUUUAAAGUUAGGAUGGCUGACAACUAGGGGAGUCGGGUACCAGCUCGUUAGGACAGAUUUUAAAAACAGAGGCUCGCAUUUCCCUGCACUUUCUGACACCGAAUUGAAGAAUUUGGACAACAAGAAUUCUGCAAAGUUACUUCUUAAUUGGUUUUGGUCAGUUUGUAUGACUUGGUGGAUUAAAAAAGCUCACGCUUUGUAACCAAGACAUAUACGACUUAAUCAAUUUUAGCCGCGGCUUAAAGGCCAUGUUACACGGUGCAAUUUUUCUAGCAACUUGCAAUGCAAUUCUACUCUUGAGAGAUGUUAAUUAGUGAAAUCAGUGAAGAAUUUUCGAUAUGUUGAGAAAACAUCAGCGGAGUGUAAUGAAGACUCGUAUUCGGCAAUUUUACAUCUCUCAAGAGUAGAAUUGCAUUGCAAGUUGCAUGCAAGAAAAAUUGCACCGUGUAACAUGGCCUUAACCCCCCUGGAAAAUUAACUUUAAUACUUGACCCACACCCCCACUUUUAUUUCUCGGGCUAUAUCCCCCUUCCUCCAAUUCCGCCGCCCCUGCAAUUACUAACGAAAAUAUCUUAACCGUUAGUUGCCUGACAAUGAAACAGCAAUUUGGAACUGACGUCUUAUGCCGCCCCAGCAUUUUAGACCAGUAUUCAGUAAACUGCUCUUGUAAUAUUUUGUGAUAUCAAGAGUUUUCAUGGUUGAGAUAAGUGUUAUCUCAAAAAAUCAACUCAAAAGGGAUUGAUAACACUUACCGAGACCUUGAUCAUUCAGAAUAUAUCACAAAAACUGCAACUGUUUUAUUAUACAUUACAUUUUCUUUAAUUACUCUUUCGACAAGCAAUGACUGAGUUUGUCGCACGAAAUUAAACAACGUUUGGUUCUCAAGAAAGCAGUAAAAACGAUUUAAAAUAUCACAAUAGCAUGCAGCAUAUAUUAAUCUUAUUUACCUACUAAAGUUCCGAUAAAUAAAAAUGUCUAAAAGAUCCGCUUUUUGUACAAGAAAAUUCACAACCAUGUUUUUUCUUCUUUUUAUUUGUGUAUUUAACUGCCGCUUGCCAUAAAAUUACACACCUUUUAUUUUAUUGUUGCUCAUAUUUCAGUGUGAAAACGACAUGAAGCAAGUCCAGGUAAAGGUAAGUUAAGGUUUUUUCCAGAAACGAUACUGAUUUUACCACAACUUCAUAUUUUGUAAUAAUUUUAAAAUUACAUAUCUUUUCUUUUUCAUUGUUGCUCAUAUUUCAGUAUGAAAACGACAUGAAGCAAGUCCAGUCAAAGGUAAGUUAAGAUUUUUUACCGUCAAGAUAUUAAUUUUACCACAACGUCAUAUUUGUAGUGAUUUUAACCUAUUAAGCAGCAAUUGUGGCCUCUUACAACUUUGAAGCAAUUCAAGACAAAGGUCAGUUUACCUUUUUUGAAAAGAAAAAUAUUAGGUGUAGUUUAUGUUUCAUUAAAAAUUGAAUGUAAUCUUUUUCUGAACUUUGGAAUUUUAAUUGCUGUAGCACGAUGAAGAUGUGAAGCUUCUUGGGCAAAAAAUCGAUUUGUUACAGGCCAUUGGAGCUGCGCAUGCUCCGCUGGCAAUGCAGUUUCCUCAACUACCCUUACAUCAACAAGAACCUGAACCAGAUUACACUUGGAAGAUAGCAAACUUUACAAGAAAGCUUGCUCAAGCAAAAUCUGGCCAUGAUGAUGGUAUAAUUCAAAGUGAACCUUUUUUCUCAAGCCAUGGUUACAAAAUAAAGCUUCAGGUCCAAUUAAAUGAAGCGCCACGUGGUUAUGCAGGCUACAUGGGUGUUUACUUAGGUUUAAUGAAAAGUGAUCGAGAUGGAUCCCUACCCUGGCCUUUUACAAAGCGUUGCACAUUUAUUCUUGUUGAUCAACAAGAUGACCUUGGUCAAAGACAAAACAUUGAGGCGGCAUUGACUCCAAGUGGACAGGAAAACUUCAAGAGACCAAGACAGCGUGAGAAUGGAGGUAUGGGAGUUCCCCAGUUUGUUAAACAUUCCAUUCUACGCACUCGUGAAUACAUUAGAGACCACGCUGUAUACAUCAAGAUUCUGGUAGAUACGUAGAAAAAUAACCAUUAUAUUUGGCGUGGAUGCUUACCUAGAUAGAACUAUAUAUACAAUGGAGACAAUCACGAUAGUUUGCAUUUUGAAAAUUCUGGCAUUCUUCUAAAGAUUGACAUUUUUCUGAUUAUUAAAAUGCAGUCAAAACGUAGAAAGUUAAUUUACAAGUAAUAUCCAAUGUUGUGUUUUCUUAACAAUCUAUUAAAGGUAGUUGUAAUUUUUGGUCAUGUUGAAGAUUUAUUUAAAUUGUGGUCAUUUCUUAGAAUAUAAGAAGAUUCUCAAAAAUUGAAGUAAGCUUUGAUGACGUCAUAUCCAACGUCUUAGUUCAAGUUAGCGGGAGUUAGAGUUGAGCGAGUUCGAGUUAUGGCGG